AUACAAUCUAUCCUUCUUAAAUACUCUAAAGUCAUUAUUCUAUCAUCAUCAUCAUAUAACAAAGAUCAUGAAGAGUUAUAGUGUAACCGCUUUUCUUUCCUUGGUAAUUUUGUUGAGUCUUCUUCCUCCGUCUAUAGGGGAUGACAUCAAGUUUUGUCCAGGAACUUUUACCGUAGAUGAUGUGUGUGGUAACAUUAGUUGUGGAACCUUGGCGGUGUUCCAUUGGCCGGCAAGUGAGAUGCCUCAAAAGUGUGUAUGUUCUGCUCUUGCAGCAAACCAAAGCCUUUGCACUUGUCAAAUUGUAUGUUAUUAAUCACAAAGACACGUCUUUCCUUAAAAGUGUUUUUCCACCAUAUGUAUUCAAAGCAUUUUAAGAACAUCAAUAAAACAUUAUUCAGUU